GGUUGACGUCACAGGUCAUGGUUUGUUAUGCACUGUAUAAAAGGAGUAGGAAGACUCAGCUUCCUAAGUGAGGACAUUAGGAAUACCAGCAUCAUCUGUAGCUCUGACUACAACCAUGAUCAUCAGCAUUGCACUCAUUUGGGCUGUUGUAGUGGGGAUCUGCUGUUGCCUGUGGCUAAUUUUAGGGAUCCGUAGAAGACAGCCUGGAGAACCCCCUGUGGAGAAUGGUUUGAUCCCCUACCUUGGCUGUGCUCUUCAGUUUGGUGCCAACCCUCUGGAGUUUCUUCGCAGCAGACAGAAAAGAUAUGGUCACAUCUUUACAUGCAAGAUUGCCGGCCAGUAUGUUCAUUUCCUCUGUGAUCCAUUCUCCUACCACUCCGUCAUCCGACAAGGCAGGCACCUGGACUGGAAGAAAUUCCACUUUUCAGCAUCAGUCAAGGCUUUUGGUCAUGAGAGCAUGGAUCCCAGCCAUGGUUACACCACAGAGAACCUGCACCAAACUUUCCUCAAGACCCUGCAAGGAGAUGCACUCCCUGCACUCAUUGAGACAAUGAUGGAGAACCUGCAGACUGUUAUGCUGCGGUCCGACACCCUAAAGGUCAGCAGUACUGAAUGGGAGGUAGAUGGUCUCUUUGCAUUCUGCUACAAAGUCAUGUUUGAGUCUGGUUACCUCACACUCUUCGGCAAGGAGCUGGAAGACGGUCAAGGUGACGACAAGAGUCACGCUCGCCAGCAAGCUCAGAAGGCCCUGGUUCUCAACGCUCUCGAAAACUUCAAAGAGUUUGAUAAGAUUUUCCCUGCCCUGGUGGCUGGGCUGCCAAUCCAUGUCUUCAAGAGUGGCCACAGUGCACGGGAGAACCUGGCCAAGACCAUGCUCCACGAGAACCUCAGCAAGCGCGCCAACAUAUCUGACCUCAUAUCCCUUCGCAUGCUCCUAAAUGACACACUGUCCUCCUUCAAUGACCUGAGCAAGGCCAGGACUCACGUCGCUCUGCUGUGGGCAUCGCAGGCCAACACUCUCCCUGCCACCUUCUGGACCCUCUUCUACAUGAUAAGGAGUCCUGAAGCAAUGAAAGCUGCAAGUGAGGAGGUGAGGAGAACAUUCGAGAGUUCUGACCAGAAACCAGACCCCAUGGAUCCUCAUCUUGUCCUAACUAGGGAACAACUGGACAACAUGCCAGUACUAGACAGUAUCAUUAAGGAAGCCAUGCGGUUGUCCAGUGCAUCUCUCAAUGUGAGAGUGGCCAAAGAAGACUUUCUUCUACACCUAGACAACAAGGAGUCCUACAGAAUUCGCAAGGAUGAUGUCAUAGCCCUGUAUCCUCAGAUGCUUCACUUUGAUCCAGAGAUCUAUGAGGACCCUCUGACCUACAAAUAUGACAGAUACUUAGAUGAGAAUGGACAAGAGAAGACCAGCUUCUACAGAAAUGGACGCAAGCUUCGCUAUUACUACAUGCCCUUUGGCUCUGGGGUAACCAAGUGUCCUGGGCGUUUCUUUGCUGUGCAUGAGAUCAAACAGUUUCUGUCUCUGGCACUCACCUACUUUGAUCUGGAGCUCUUGGACCCUGAAGUUAAAGUCCCACCACUGGAUCAGUCCCGUGCUGGUCUGGGAAUCCUACAGCCCACAUAUGAUGUUGAUUUUAGAUACAGACUCAAAGCUCAAUAGGAGCUUAGCACUGACAAUAUUUAUUUACCAUGUUGUGACUUGUAAAUAGUGUAUAUUUUUAGCUUGGAAGGAAAAAAAGUGUGCAUAAACUAGAAUGUGUUUCGAUGUGAUUUAUUCUUCAAGCUGCUCACAUGAAGUAUCAGAUUAGUUAGCACAAUGCUUGUUGAAGUGCAAAGUCAAAGGAAACCCAAUGACUUGCCAUGUACCUUUAUCAGUAAUAUUUACUGCUUAUGAGUUGCUAGUUUCUUUAAAUUUGUAUGCAUUGCAGUUGGAAUGUUGAAUAAGAGUAAAUGAUUUGUAAAUUUUGAACUACUAUCUCAGUAUACAAACAGUGAUGUUUGCGUUGCUACGGCAACAAAAGACAGGUUACAUCAUGUCAAAAAUCACAAAUGUGUCUCAUACUGUGUUUAAAGGCUCUUUUUAGAGAGCAGGACACUCUCUAUUCAUGUAAGUUCAUCACUGAUCUGAAUAAACUUAUGAAGUUA